AUGGCCGGCCAACGAUUCUCGGAGAUCCUGUCGUCCGUUGCCGAGCGCAUCCGCGCUCGGUACGAUAAGUUCAAGCAUCGACGGGCGCAGUGGAAGGACGAGAAGAGGAGGUUGAAGAAGAGCAGGCCCGACAUUCGGGUCUGCAAUCGGGCCAUCGCCCGAGAUCCCGAGCCCAUCCAGCGGCGGCUGGAUGCCGAGGCCGAGAAGAAGAAGAAGGAGGAGGCGAGGGAGAAGGGGUGGGAGGACCACCUGGCCCGGCGGCAGAGGCAGGAGGCCGCAGCCGAGCGGCGGCGGCGGUUUCUUCUGUCGAGCAGUCGGGGGUAA